GAAUUAUUCAUUAUGCACGUGAUGAAUGCCAAUCAGCCGUCGGCGUUGUUGUAAAUAGCUGUCUGAUCGCGCUAAGCGUUGCGUUGACGGGAGAGUGACACACGAAGAUGACACACACGACUCAGUCACCAGACAUGUUCGCAACAGCACUCGUGCAGCAACCUGUUGAUGGUGAAGUACCAGCGCAACAGGCUGCUGCGCCACAGCAAGCCACCAGUCAGGCAUCGUCUGCUCCUGCAGUUGGUAUCAUCGUUGAUACACAGAUGGAGAAUGAUAAAAGAUCUGUUAAAAGGCAUCCAUUGUUCCCUUUGAUGUCUCUACUUUUUGAGAAGUGUGAGCAAGCAACACAGAGUCCAGACCCACCAACAUCAGCCAGCUUUGAUGUGGAUAUUGAAGAGUUUGUACAUCGGCAGGAGCAGGCAGGCAGAGCAUUCUUCAGUGAUGAUUCCGAAGUAGACAACCUGAUGGUAAAAGCAAUACAAGUUCUAAGAAUCCAUUUACUAGAGUUAGAAAAAGUCAACGAACUGUGCAAGGACUUCUGUCAUCGGUACAUCACAUGCUUAAAAGGCAAGAUGGCGAGCGACAACCUACUACGCUCGGAAAACUCACCAAAUUUCCUUAAUGACUCGGAUCGAGAUAUGCUGUCAUCACCUGUUAGUAGUCAAAGCCAGGGUCCAUCUUCACAGCAAAAUAUACCACAGCACCAGCAAUCACAUCAACAACACCAUCAGUUGUUUCCUUCUGGGUCAAGUGGUAACAGUGGUGGCGCUAUAAUACUACAGCAACCAACACAAUCAUCUCAUCAACAGGUUCAACAACCACAAGUUCAAGCCCUUCUGAACCAUGCAGGUCAGGUAGUUUAUACUCCAGUAAUUCCACAAGGGGUGAUGACAUCACAAGGAAUAGUCACACAGGCUCUUCCAGGAACCGUCCAGAUCCAGCCUAGUCAACCGCAGCCCUUGAACCAACACCAGCCCAUUGUACCAAUCAUCCAUGGCUCAACGCCCAUUUCACAGAUUGGCCUUCCACCAAGUGGGCUGCAACAGGGAAUGAACCAAAUACCAAUUUCACAAUCUAACCAAAUGGCGUUAGGAUUGACAGAUCCGUACGAUGAUAUUAUGAACCGCAAGAAAAAUAAACGUGGUGUGCUACCCAAGCAUGCAACAAAUGUUAUGAGAUCAUGGCUCUUCCAGCAUAUAGUUCAUCCGUAUCCAACAGAAGACGAAAAAAGGCAAAUAGCAUCACAAACAAAUUUAACAUUACUACAAGUUAACAAUUGGUUCAUCAAUGCAAGGAGGAGGAUACUACAACCAAUGCUAGAUGCUAGUAACCCAGAAGCAGCAAAGGUAAAAAAGAAUAAAACCCAAAGUCGUCCAUCCAGUCAGAGGUUCUGGCCUGAAUCACUAGCAAACUUUGGUCAAGUCAGGGUAGGAGCCGAGGCACAGCAGUCCAACACACCAGUCAGUGAUGUCGUGACAUCAGCAGCUAUCAGUUCUGGAGCAGUAGAAGCGAUGGAGUCGAUGCAGGAAGAGGAAAUGUCACCGAUCGCAGCUGGUGGACAACAUCCAUCAAGAUCGCCAUCAUUAGACAACAUGGUUGUUAACGGUGAAGCAAAUCGUCAGAACAGUUGCGUGUCUGAUAUGUCAUCGGAUGAACUGGGCUUGCAUGAUGACCUUGAAUAGCAUUUAUACUUGACAAAAAAGAUGUAUGUGUUUUUAUGUAUCAGGCAAUUAUAUUUAUGACUAUACAAUGUGAUUGACUGUGUCAGGUUCUGAGGAAGGGAGAAAAACUACGUGCUGCGGUGCAAUGGUGAAGAAUAGCAGCAGAUCACCCUCUUGCUUAGCAGUAAUAUCAACACAAGGGAAUGAUGAUUGAUUGAGUAGUCUUCUGAAGAUGAAAAUACUGGCCAAGACAUCGGACACUUGUUCGCUUUUUGCCCACCGACUCCUUGUUGAGUAAAACAAAUUAGGAAUUAAUCUGGUGAUGUAAUCCAAGCUAGAAGCACCAUCAAAUCUUAUGAGUUUCAACUUGAAAACUUGAUCUUAGUAUAACUUGAAGGAGCAUAAAUAGCAAAUUAAAUGCCAAUUUGUAAAUUUGAGGACCGAUAACAUCUUUAUUUCCUCCUAUAGUGUGCAAUGUAUAGACAAGUACGAUAUUGUAAUGUACUUGUUAAAAAUAACUGUUGAAAGUUUGUUUUAUUUUCUUAAUUAUUUUAACUUUUUUUAAUUUUGUGUGCAUAAGGUGCUAUAUUGGCAAACAUUUUACUACUUAUAUUACCCUAGCUGUUGUGAACUCCAUUUUAGUAUAGAGAAAAUCUAUUUUCUCUUUGGUUUUAGUUACCAUACUUAAGUGAACUUCCUUCCAGUAUUGGAUACUGUUUUUGGUAUUUCUCAUUGAAACUGCCAAACCAGGUCAAGUGGUUGUGAAAGCACUAAUCUGUUGUUAGAGUAAAUAAGUAUAUUCUAAAUUUGUUUAAAGAAUAUAAUAACCAUUCAAGAUUGCGUCUCAGAAUCAAAAUAUAUUUAUUUAUUGUCUUUCACAAUUGGUAAUGAAACCAAUGAUAUCUGUAAAAUUGACUGUAGUUAAUAUUGUCCGGUUUAGAUAUAAUAGCAAGCCGAGCAAUCACUGGUUUUUGGCCGUGAUUCCAUGGAGAAUGCGCUGCGACGAGGCAUGCAUAUCGGAUCGCUCGGUCUAAUAAGCAGGCGGCAUUAUCUUCAAACUCUCAUUAAGAGCAGAGGUAGAUUCGUCGGCUAAAGAUCGUAUCACGCCAUCUGUGCUUGGCAUUCAAUUCGCAAAAAUUAUUUUGGAAGGUUUUUGUUUUCAUAUUUAAAAAAUAUCAUGAUUACUGUCCUUUAAAAAAUUGAUUUAUCCAAACAAAAUCAAUAACGAUUGUCAUUUUUAUGGCUCAUUUAUUGGGUUUGGUGGGUUUUUUUUUAUUUUCUGUGAUUUAAAUACUGAUAACAUAACAUAUGUUGUUAUCAAAAUGAUAUAAGCAUAGUUUUGCUUAUGAUGGGCCAACAAUCAUAAUAAGGAUGAGGAUGAUGUAGAUAAAUGAGGAUGAUAAAAAUGAUGAGAUUAUGGUGAAAGAGGAAGAUGAUGAUCAGUAGAAUGAGAUUUUAUGAGGAGAAUAUGAAUGAGGAGGGUGAUGAUAAUGUAGAAACCGUCUGUGGCAUUGAUUAAUAAUAUUAAUAAAUUAAUAAUUUGCAUUGUUUGCAAUUAUUAAACUUAAUUCAUUAGCAGUCAGUAUCAUGUUUUAAUAUUCAAAUUGUCUAUCAUCAGGUUUACAAUUGAUCAUUAAGGUUCUGCAUUCAUUUCAAAUGUAGAUAUUUUUUUCUGAUGAUUUUAAUUCACUUAUAAAUUGAUUAUAUCAUUAAUUACAUUGAUGAUUUGGAUUUUAAUUAAAAUUUAAAUCAAUAAAAAUAAUAAUGGCAAUUCUUUAAAUAUUUGAUCUCUUUUAAGAGAGUAAGUUAUCAAUGUAUUUUAAAUAUUGAAAACAGGUUUCAAAAUGUGUUUUGACGACAGUAUUAUAGACUUACUUAAAGUUGCUAUUAUAAUUUGAUUCAUAUUCAAAGCAACAUUUCUAUGAAAAUUCCAAAGAAAAUUAAUAUCUGACAAGGUUAUUAAACAGAAAAUAUUAUUUAUUAUGGUAUAAGCAAAUAUUUGUGCAUAACUUUGUCUUGGUUUGUAAGGUAAAGGGAGGAGAAUACCUCAUAACUUGCAUCAUUGUGCUGAAUUGGAUAUGGACGUGGUUUAUGACUACUGUAGCAGCUGUGGAGGCACUGUGUAGCUUCACAUUAGCUCAACCUGCCCUCAAUAAACUAACUUACAUUAUCUCACUAUAUUAAUUGGAUUAAACACAUUAUCAAGGAUAAGUACUGAGUGUUUAACACUGGUGUCCUUGGAUUCAAUUAUGGGUAAACGGAUUAGCUGCCUUUUUAUGAGGUUUUAAUUGUUCUUUACCGCCGAAAGUGCGGUAUUCUAACGUUAGUUUAAGGAGGGCUGGUCGGCCUAAUGAUGUUGACGUGCAUACAACCGUCAGUGGGUGUCCUACGCAGGCAUGACGUUUUCAAAAACAGGAGUAAGCUCUCUUGUUCUAUUUAUACUCUUUGGUUGGAGGCACCGCCUACUCUUCCAAGAGUUGCAAUGGGUUCUUUGAAGUGCACACAAGCUGGUUUUAAGUCCUUAUUCAAGAAGAGAAUGUUACUUGAAUAUUCAUAAGCAAUAUUCUAAACAGUUAUUUUUUUCAAAUAUCAGGUAUUUGAUGUUUUCACUAGUUUUUUAAAAAUAAUUGAUGGACAAUUAUUUCAAGUACAUUUGUGAAUAUGUAACAUGUGUAAAUAAAUAUCAGCAUAAAUUGA